GCCGAGCCUUCUUGGGAAUGGAGCGAGGGUCUUAAGGCGAUCUGGCCAAGAAGUCAGUAAAAGUGAGAGGACGGAAGAUCGCUACCACGUCGCAAAUCUUCUCCGGCCCGUUUUGCAAGGCAAGCCAGGAGCGAAUACACGGGAUUUAUAGGUGGACGGACCUUUCACAAGACCUUCCCCAAACUCCAGAAGUUCUCUUCCAUCCUCAGCCUUGCUCCGCCUCUGGGAACCAUGGCCGGGAUUGGCAGCUGCGGAAGGAUACUGUGUGGCGCGCUCUUCGCUCUUCUGGGCAUCUCUUCGGUCAAAGGCCAAGAUGAUGUUUCCCCAUAUUUCAAGACAGAGCCAGUGCGUGCUCAAGUCCAUCUAGAGGGAAAUCGUUUGGUGCUCACCUGUAUGGCAGAAGGGAGUUGGCCCCUGGAAUUCAAAUGGCUGCAUGACAACAGAGAGUUAACCAAGUUCUCACUGGAAUACAGGUACAUGAUCACAUCCCUAGACCGAACCCAUGCCGGCUUCUACCGCUGCAUUGUGCGCAAUCGCAUGGGAGCUCUGCUGCAAAGACAGACUGAAGUACAAGUGGCAUACAUGGGAAGCUUUGAAGAAAAAGAGAAGCAGCAGAGUGUCUCCCAUGGUGAAGCGGCCGUCAUCCGUGCUCCCCGCAUUGCCAGUUUCCCUCGUCCGCAGGUCACGUGGUUCCGCGAUGGGCGCAAAAUCCCUCCCAGCAGUCGCAUAGCCAUCACGCUGGAGAACACACUGGUGAUCUUGUCAACAGUAGCCCCUGAUGCUGGAAGGUACUAUGUGCAAGCUGUAAAUGACAAGAAUGGAGACAAUAAAACGAGCCAGCCCAUCAUGCUCACUGUGGAGAAUGUAGGCGGUCCAGCUGACCCCAUUGCUCCAACCAUCAUCAUUCCACCACGCAACACUAGCGUAAUCUCUGGUACUUCUGAAGUGACUCUGGAGUGUGUGGCCAAUGCUAGGCCACUCAUCAAACUGCACAUCAUCUGGAAGAAGGGCGGGAUUCCAGUAUCCAGUGGCAUCAGUGAUUACAACCGGCGGUUGACCAUCCUUAAUCCCUCCCUAAGCGACAGUGGCUACUAUGAGUGUGAAGCUGUGUUGCGCAGUAGCAGCGUACCCUCUGUGGUUCGAGGAGCUUAUCUCUCUGUGCUGGAACCACCCCAGUUCACCAAGGAGCCAGAAAGACACAUCACAGCUGAGAUGGAGAAAGUAGUACAGAUUCCAUGCCAAGCUAAAGGUGUGCCUCCACCCAGCAUGUUCUGGUAUAAGGAUGCAGUACUACUUGGAGUGGAGAAGCUUGCCCGCUUCAAGCUGCUUGCUAACGGGAGCCUGCAGAUCAGUGGCCUAAUGCCAGAUGACACAGGCAUGUUCCAGUGUUUUGCCCGCAAUGCUGCUGGAGAGGUGCAGUCUUCCACAUACCUGGCCGUCACUAGCAUUGCGCCCAACAUAACCCGGGGGCCCUUGGACAGCACAGUGAUUGAUGGGAUGGCUGUGGUUCUCAGCUGCGAGACGUCUGGAGCUCCCAGACCAGCUAUCACCUGGCAGAAAGGUGAACGGAUCCUGGCCAGUGGCUCAGUACAGCUUCCUCGUUUUACAUUGCUAGAGUCGGGAAGUCUCCUCAUCAGCCCUUCACGGAUCUCGGAUGCUGGCAGCUAUACUUGCCUGGCUACUAACUCGCGUGGAGUUGAUGAAGCCUCAGCAGAGCUUAUUGUCUGGGCGCGGACUCGUAUCACCAGCCCACCUCAGGAUCAAAGCGUCAUCAAAGGCACUAAGGCUUCAAUGACCUGUGGGGUAACGCAUGACCCCAACGUGCUCGUUCGGUACAUGUGGGAGAAGGAUGGCACCAUUGUGAACACAGAGAACAUGCCCCGCAUGCGUCUGGAUACCACUGGCACUUUGCACAUUGCCCAGACCUGGUCAGGGGACAUUGGCACCUAUACAUGUCAUGUGAUAUCUGCUGGAGGCAAUGACUCUCACAGUGCCCACCUGCGAGUCCGGCAGCUCCCACAUGCACCUGAAAACCCCAUUGCCAGGCUAAGUGCCAUAGAGAAACGGGCCAUCAACCUGACGUGGACCAAGCCCUUUGAUGGAAAUAGCCCAUUGCUGCGUUACAUCCUCGAGGUCUCCGAAAACAAUGCUCCGUGGACCAUUCUUAUGGCCAGUGUGGAUCCUGAAGUAAAUUCAGUGCUGGUGAGAGGAUUAGUUCCUGCCCGCUCAUACCAGUUCCGCCUUUGUGCUGUUAAUGAUGUGGGCAAAGGCCAGUUCAGCAAGGACACCGAGAGAUUGUCGCUUCCUGAGGAACCCCCCACAGCACCCCCACAAAAUGUCAUUGCCAGUGGCCGCACAAACCAGUCUAUCAUGAUCCAGUGGCAGCCACCACCCGAAAACCACCAGAAUGGCAUUCUCAAGGGCUACAUCAUUAGAUUUUGCCUGGCUGGUCUGCCAGUUGGCUACCAGUUCAGGAACAUUAGUAAUGCUGACGUCAACAAUCUGCUGCUUGAGGACCUAAUCAUUUGGACUAAUUAUGAAAUUGAAGUGGCUGCCUACAACAGUGCUGGAUUGGGUGUCUACAGUGCCAAAGUCACAGAAUGGACUCUCCAGGGUGCUGAUUGCCUGGGAACCAGUACAAGAAGAAGAUAUGACUGUGGUGACAGUACGGCCUAACUUCCAAGACAAUAUCCAUGUUGGUUACAUCUCAGGUCUCAAGAAAUUCACAGAAUAUUUCACCUCAGUCCUGUGUUUCACUACUCCAGGCGAUGGACCCCGCAGCCCACCACAGCUGGUGCGCACCCAUGAGGACGUUCCGGGUCCAGUGGGACAUCUCAGCUUCAAUGAGAUCUUAGACACAUCUUUGAAGGUUAGCUGGCAAGAGCCCUUGGAAAAGAAUGGCAUUUUAACAGGCUACCGAAUCUCCUGGGAGGAAUACAACCGCACAAACACCCGCGUCACACACUACCUCCCCAACGUCACCCUGGAGUAUCGUGUUACUGGCCUCACUGCCUUGACCACCUAUACUAUUGAAGUGGCAGCCAUGACAUCCAAGGGACAAGGACUGGUUUCUUCCUCUACCAUUUCUUCUGGGGUUCCUCCAGAGCUCCCUGGGGCUCCAACUAAUUUGGGCAUCUCCAACAUUGGUCCCCGUUCAGUCACACUUCAAUUUCGCCCUGGUUAUGAUGGAAAGACUUCUAUUUCCAGGUGGCAGGUAGAGGUUCAGAUGGGUCAGACAGGAGAGAGUGAAGAGUGGAUGCUCAUCCACCAGCUUUCUAAUGAACCAGAGGCUCGGUCCAUGGAGGUGCCGAAUCUCAAUCCCUACACAUAUUAUAGUUUCCGGAUGCGACAAGUGAACAUUGUGGGGACAAGUCCACCCAGCCUGUCUUCCCGCAGGAUCCAGACAUUGCAGGCUCCACCUGAUGUAUCUCCUGCCAAUAUUACAGUACGAACAGCCAGUGAAACCAGCCUCUGGCUAAGAUGGAUGCCACUGCCAGAGAGCGAAUACAAUGGCAGCCCUGAGUCGGUGGGCUACCGAUUGCGCUACUCACGCCUUGAUGGGCGCAGCCACACCCUGACCAACACUAUCCAUGACCGUGUGGAGCGCGAGUUCACCAUUGAGGACCUGGAGGAAUGGACCGAGUACCGUAUACAGGUGCAGGCCUUCAAUGCUGUUGGGCCUGGGCCAUGGAGUCAGACUGUGGUGGGGCGAACCCGGGAGUCAGUGCCUUCAUCUGGACCCACCAACAUUUCAGCACUAGCUACCACAUCUACCUCUAUGCUAGUGCGGUGGAAUGACAUCCCUGAAGCGGAUCGAAAUGGAUUUAUCCUAGGCUACAAGAUCAUGUAUAAGGAAAAGGAUUCAGAUUCCAGGGCCCAGUUCUGGUUCGUGGAAGGCAAUGCCUCUCGGAGUGCCCAGCUCAUAGGUUUGGGAAAAUAUGUCCUUUAUGAGAUCCGGGUGCUUGCUUUCACCCGCAUUGGUGAUGGUGUGCCCAGCAAUCCACCUAUACUCGAGCGCACACUGGAUGAUGUGCCGGGGCCACCGGUGGGCAUUCUCUUCCCUGAAGUGAGAAUAACUUCUGUACGGCUAAUCUGGCAGCCUCCUGCUGCUCCCAAUGGUAUCAUUCUAGCAUACCAGAUCACUCACCGCCUCAACACUACCACUGCCAAUUCAGCCAAUGUAGAAGUCCUCAGCCCCAGCGCCCGCCAGUUUACUGCUACCAACCUCCGACCUGAGUCCACCUAUCUCUUCCGUAUCACAGCGCAGACCCGAAAGGGCUGGGGUGAAGCUGCAGAGGCCUUAGUAGUUACUACCGAAAAAAGAGUCCAUCAUUAUGUGCAAUGUGGGAAAGAUAUUUAUUUCUGGGAAGCUCAGCGGCAGAAUGAAACUGAAAGGGUGAAAACACUCUUCUUACCAGAGAGUGGUGUCAAACUGAAGAACCUGACUGGCUACACUUCCUACCUCAUCUCCAUCCUUGCCUUCAAUGCUGCAGGUGAUGGCCCCCGCAGUAUCCCUAUCAAGGGCAGGACACAGCAAGCAGCCCCCAGUUCCCCAGGCUCUGUCAAAUUCAGUGAACUGACCACAACUUCGGUGAACGUGUCUUGGGAGCCCCCGAUCUUCCCAAAUGGAAUCCUGGAAGGCUACCGGCUCAUUUAUGAACCCUGUAUGCCUGUGGAUGGGGUCAGCAAAAUUGUGACCGUGGACGUGAAAGGAAACAGUCCUUUGUGGUUGAAAGUCAAGGACCUGUCCGAAGGUGUCACCUACCGAUUCCGAAUUCGAGCCAAGACCUUCAUUUAUGGUCCAGAAGUAGAAGCCAACAUCACUACAGGGCCAGGGGAAGGUGCUCCAGGUCCUCCCGGUGAGCCCUUCAUCUCCAGAUAUGGUUCAGCCAUCACAAUCCACUGGUCAAGUGGUGACCCAGGAAAAGGGCCCAUCACCAGAUACGUCAUUGAAGCAAGACCUUCAGAUGAGGGGCUGUGGGACAUUCUCAUAAAGGAUAUUCCCAAAGAAGUAACUUCUUACACUUUCAGCAUGGAUAUCCUGAAGCAGGGUGUCAGCUAUGAUUUUCGAGUCAUUGCUGUCAAUGACUACGGCUAUGGGACGCCUAGCAGUCCAUCCCCUUCAGUGUCAGCUCAAAAAGCCAAUCCCUUCUAUGAAGAAUGGUGGUUUCUGGUGGUCAUUGCUCUGGUGGGACUCAUCUUCAUCCUCCUCCUAGUCUUUGUCCUUAUCAUUCGCGGGCAGAGCAAGAAAUAUGCCAAGAAAUCUGAUUCAGGGAGCAACUCCAAGUCAAAUGCACUGAGCCAUGGUGAAAUGGUCAGCCUGGAUGAGAGCAGCUUCCCUGCUCUAGAACUGAACAAUCGCCGCAUGUCAGUAAAAAAUUCCUUCUGCAGGAAGAACGGAAUAUAUACAAGGUCCCCACCACGGCCCAGCCCAGGCUCACUGCACUACUCAGAUGAAGAUGUCACCAAGUACAAUGACCUAAUUCCAGCCGAGAGCAGCAGCCUUACCGAGAAGCCUUCAGAAAUCUCUGAUUCACAAGGAAGCGACAGUGAGUACGAAGUGGAUCAGAACCAUCAGAAAGCCCAUUCUUUUGUCAACCAUUACAUCAGCGACCCAACUUAUUACAACUCCUGGAGGCGCCAGCAGAAGGGCAUCUCCCGGGCUCAGGCCUACAGUUAUACAGAAAGUGACUCUGGGGAUCCUGACCAUUGCCCUCUGUCCAACAGCACCAGUACCCAACAAGGCAGCCUCUUCCGACCCAAACCCAGUAGGACUCCAACCCCACAAACUCCAGUCAAUCCACCUAGUCAGCAGAGCACUCUUUACCGACCACCCAGUAGCCUUGCCCCGGGGUCCAGAGCCCCUAUUGCUGGGUUUUCUUCCUUUGUUUGAUGUGUCUAAAAGAAAGAAGAAGAAGAAGAAAAGAAAAAAGGGGGUAACAACAAACAAGGAUGGAUUUAAUAAUAACCAUGACUUUUGGGUCCAGAAGUGUUACUUUUCAGAAGUAAUGUGAUGUUGUUGGAGACAAUCAGGCAUCUGAGUUUGAAUUCACUGACGGCUCCUGUUUCUAAUAUUGCACAGUGCUCCUCAAAGGAAUUCAUCUGUCCGCAGAUGAACAUCUGGAGCAAAAUAGGAGAUCAGCUUGUUUUUCAGGCCUAUUGUUGAAAGAAAGGUGGAAGGCAACAGGGUAAAACUGGGAGCCUCGAAGCUAAGAGGACAUUUGGUAUUAUAGUCACACCUCCCUGCAGAUCAGUUUUCUAGAAAGAGGAAAAAAAAUGUAAGUUGAUGUUUCUCAGAAUAGUUUAUCGGGGUUUGAUUUGUUUGUUUGUUUUGUUCUCCAACCAAAGCUUUCCUCGGAGGGGAACGGGUUAGGGCUCUGCGAGCUGUAAAUAGGAGCCAGUCAAAUUGCUACAGUCAAUGCUCUCUAUAUGCUAGAUGCAAGGGUGAGGCUCAAAGGACUUGUCCAUGUGAAUACGCUCCUGGUGGCUAGCAACUGGCCAAUAAGAAGACUGCGGAGACUCGCCACAGCCACGCCAGGCCACGGCAGCAGUUGCAGGGAGCUGGAACAACUUUGAAAGGCUUCCCAGACUGAUGCCUACCUUUGAAUGAACUAGAGGGGGGUUAAGUGGGAGGAGCAGCAACCACACUCGGUCCACCUUCUUCCAUUCACAGCCAGAGGCUAUGCAGAAUUUAGCUGAGCUCAACGGUGCUGACUAGACUCUGUACUGUAAUCGUUUUCUUUCUGUGCAUUUUGUGUGAUGACGGGAGAGAGCGCAUUUGAGAACGGUUGGAGAAAAAUUUGCAGCGUUCAGAGGAACUGUGAUACUGUCACCAGGCAACCGGUGCUCUUGGUAUAAUCUCCUCUACUGAAAGUGGUCUUCCUCUCAUAUGGUGGGAGAAGUACGCAUCUGCAUCCAACCAAGCCUCAAGACA